UUCCUGUACCAGAAGACAGAGAGUGUGAGAGCGUCUGAGAGAUUCGACGGCUGCUGGUGUUUGAAACUAUUGAGAUACAUAAGAGCUCUUCCAUAAAUAUUAUUCAAGAGAAGUCUGAAAUGAUGAUUCUUCUGUUCCUGUUCCUCACAGUUGCUGCUCCAGUUCACAGCGAGCCUGGAGAUCAAAGUGAGGUUGAAGAUGUGGCUCAAGUCGAGUUCAGAGAAACGUCUGUCGUUCUGACCUGUCCUCAUAACCCAUCUGAUGAAGUGAAGUGGCUUCAUGGAAACGAGGAAAUAAAAGACUAUAAGAACAACAUAUAUGAGAUUCAAGCUCCAGAGGGAACAGCCACAGGUUUCUACACCUGCCAGAAGAAUGAAAAGAAACAUUAUUUCUUCAUCAAGGCGAGAGUGUGUAAGAACUGUCAUGAGCUGAGCGGGUCGAUGGCCGGUGGUGUGAUAUUCGCUGACUUACUCCUUACUGGAGGAGUCAUCCUUAUAGUGUACUUCUGCACACAGAGAAAGAAAGAUCCAGUUUCAAAUGCUCCAAGACCCCCGAACCCUGACUAUGAGGCCCUAAACCCCAAGACCCAAAGUCGUGACGUGUACGCAGGAAUCAAGUAGAUCAAAGCAGGUUGUGUUCGACUUUGACAGCAACAGAAAACCAAAGCAAAGUCAUUCUUAUGAAUAGUCACACAAGUGUUUGUGAAACAUUGACUUUGUGUGACGUAUAUGUGUUACACCUACUAAUACAAUAAAUGUGUGCGUGUUUGUGUGGAAACUUCUGCUCAUGAAACAUCAAAAACUCAUUUAUGAAACUUCAGAGAGAAAAACCUGAGAACGUUCCUGUAAAUACUGUUUCUACACAAACUCAAGAACUGUGUGAUGCUUUUGUUUUCUCUGAUGUUGUAACGUUUGAAACUCAUAAAAUCUUUUUCAUUUCGUUGUGACACGUGAUGUUUCUCAUUUCACAAGAAUAAUGAAGUUCAGUGUUGAUCGUCUUAUCAUCCAAAUCAAUUGAAUAAACUCCAGAUGACGUGA